GAAAAAAGGAAGAGCGGCUAUUCAACUCAACUUCUUCCAGUCUUCAAUUCUUCUUCUAUCAAAUCGAUAGUUACCUGGCGGUAUGAUUCUUUUCAGGCGGUAUAGGUUCUCCUUGCCAUUGGCGGUGGGGCUUCUUGUGCUUGGGCUAAUUGUUAUUUCCCAAUUUUCUGGUUAUAAUCAGCAUGGGCUACUUGAAACGUUUAAAUCGGCAUAUCAUCAGGGGACUGGUUCAUUUAUGAGUCUUUCCAAGCAUCAAAUAACCAAGAAUCAACUUAUAUUUCCAUACAAGUUCCCGGUAAAGAAGGAGGGAUUGAAGGAGUAUAUGCAAAAGAAUCCCAAAUCGUUUAAUUCGACCGAAUUGAAAAAACCUUCUAUAGUGAAGGCCAAGUACGAAAAUAUUAAUGAAAAUGACGUUAAGAAUAACCCUAUAACUGAUGAAUUAUUGAAAUCGAAUUUCAAAAGUCAUAACAUGAGUGUAUUCCACUCUUCCAAAAACACUAAUUUAGAUUUGACAAAAUGUAAUAAUAUCGCUAAAACGUUUGAUCAAACCCAGAUCAAUGACCCGGUUAAUGUGCAAGUGUCUUUGAAUGAGAUGUUAACCAAGAUACUAAACCAAGCGUCCACCGAUCCGUAUUUGAAAGAACUUUCUCCAUUCUUUAUCGAUGAAUUAGAACUUCAAUUGAAAUAUAACGUGGUGGAUCGUUUUUGGUAUCGUCUUGCAGGUUCUUCUGUCUGGUUAGAACAAUACCAGGUUCAUUUUAUGAUUUCAAGAAUCUUAUAUAGUCCAAAGGGAACUAGAAACAGUCCAAUUUUAUCAUUUACCUAUGCACAAAUUUUCGAUAAAAAUUGGAAAGAAUUAGUUAAUUCAAAAUUAGUAGUACCAACUAAUAACGAGAAAUCCAUGAAUGAUGACGAUAAUGAAGAUUCCAAGAUUUUUUUCAAAACAAUGAGUUUCCCUCAAGUUUUGAAUAUUCCUUUCUGGCAUGAUUAUGAUAAUAUUGAAGGAAAAUAUUAUGGUCCUGAAGAUCCAAGAUUAUUAUUAACCAAAAAUUCAAAAGGUUAUGAAGAACCUCUUAUAAUUUUCAAUGCUUAUCAUCGUAAAUUAUCUCAUUUUGAUGACGACGUUGAUGACCAUGUUUUAAUGAAGACUGAAUUUUUCAGAUCAAUGUUUAUGUGUUGGCCAUGGCAAACUCAAUCAGGUAAAGAAAAUACUGACGGAAUUUCAAAUGCUGAAUACGAUAAUCGUAUAUACAAUAAAGUCGUUGAAUUGAAAAUUAAAAAUUUACCAAGACAAAAGAAGCAAAAAAAUUGGACUCCAUUCAUUAGUAUUGAUCAAAGAUCUAAAAAUGGAUUUGAUAAAACAAUUAACUUUAUUUAUAGAUGGGCUAACUUAGAAAUUUUAAAAUGUGAUUUGAUUGGUGAUACUGGAUUAUGUUCUUUCACUUAUAGAUUGGAUAAUAAUUUAAGCCCUCAAGCUCAAAUUGGUCCUUUAAGAGGUGGUACUCAAUUAAUGAAUGUCAGAUCUAUUUUAAAUUCAAGAAAUGAUAUUGAUCUUGAUAAAAUUAUUCCUCCUAAUAGAGAAGUCUGGAUUGGCUUUGCAAGAGCUCAUUUAGAUGAUUGUGGUUGUGGUAAUAAUAUGUAUAGACCUAACUUGGUCAUUAUCGUUAAAGAUACCGUUGAUGUUGAAAUUAAAGAAUUAACUGAUAAACCUUUUAAACAAUCAAAAGAUUUUUAUAAAAUUAGUCAUAUAAGUUCUUCUAUUUCAUUUGACAUUCCCAUCAUAGGGUGGGAUUUAAUGAAUCCGAAGAAAAUUUGCGUUGGUUCAAAUGUCUUAAUUCCAAAUGGUAUUUCAAGUUGGUCAAUUGAAUCUUUUGAUCAAGAAAAUUCCAAAGACAAUUGGAUUUUAAAUGAUUAUAUGACAUUAUCGUUAUCAAUUUCAGAUUUCACCGUUCAUAAAAUUGAUGUCAAAGGAUUAUUAUCUCAAAUUUUAAAUGAAAAAUCAUUAUUUUAUUCUCCUUCUUCAAAUAAUGAAAAACUUUUAAAUCAACCAACUACUAAAGUAGUAAGUGAUCCCGAAAAAGAUUUAAGUAAAUCUCUCAACGGUUAUAAUAAUGACAAUGUUGUUUGUGCUUUAGAAGGUUCAACAAGAUUUUGUGAACAAUAUGGUAAAGAUGAAGAAAAAAAUUAUGAAGAUCACUCCCUUUUUUAUGAAGAAGAACUAAAUGAAGAAUUGGAAACUGACAUUGAUAAAUAUGAAAAACAAUUAGAAUUACUAAAUAUUGAAAAACAAGUUGAAAAUUUCCCUUCAAAUAACAAAAAAAAAAAAUCUAAGUAG